UUGGGGGGCGCUGGCGGGUUCCCGAGCCCCGCGGCCGUCGCGGGCACCGGCGGGGCGGAGAGGCGGCCGGCUGGCUGGCUGGGCAGGGGGCCGGCUAUGGCGGAGCCCAGCCCUGAAGGUAAAGGGGGCCUCGCAGACCCACACUUGGGGGGCGGCGGCGGGGGGGCUGGACGCCGCCGAGGCCGGGGGGUUUUCGUGUGCUUCUCAACCAGCUUCUGUGGGGGCGCCCCUCCCAAGGAAAAAAUAUUUAAAUUUUUUUGGUGGGGGGGGGAGAGGCUGCGGAGACCCCCAGUUGUGGGGCUGGGAGCGUCUUCGUGUGGGGAGGAGGAGGGCCGGCGACGCGGAUUUCGGGGGCUGGAGUUGCGAGGGGGGAAAGGGGCGAGUGGGUUUGUUGUGGGGGGGGGGAGGAAAAGUGGACGCCCCUCCCGGGAGAUUAGGGGGCGAGGAGAAGUUGGGGGGCUGGUGUGGGGGGGAGUUAAGGGGGCGGGAAGGAAGAUUGCUUGUUGUGGGGGGGGCAAGUGGACGCCCCUCCUCGGAGGGAAAAGAGGCCGCGAGAUUUUGGGGGGGGGUCUGUUCUGGAGUUGUGGGGGGGAGGGUGUGCGCUUGGGGGGGGGGGGAGGAAAGAAGAGGCAAAGUCCGUCGGUGGAAAGGGGUCACCGGUUUGGGGGGGGGGGGCAGGUGGUGUCAGAGCAGAGAGAGCCUGGUGGGUGGGGAGGGGAGACUUAGGGGGGAGGAGGAGAGAGGAAGAGAGUUGGUUAUGGGGGGGCAGCACCCCUUUUUUUCCUUGCUGGGGGGGUGGGUAAGAUGGAGGCAGCGUCGUGGAGUGGGGGGGGCUGUUGUGUUUGGGAGCGGCUGGGAAGAACCAGGUGAAAGGGGAGCGAGUUGGAAGUGUGGGGUGGGGGGGGGAGAAAGAGGAGGGAGUCGGACCGGGGAGAAAACCGGAGUGGGGGGGGAGCGAGGAAGAAAGUUGGGAGGGGGAGGGGAGGCACGUGGAGGAGGGGCGGCGGGGGGGCCUGUUGGGUGCGGGGGGGGGGAGAGUAAUGAGGAAAUGAGGCUUCCUAAGGGGGGUGUCUGUUGGAGGGCACUAAGGAAUUGGGGGGCCCUGGGGGUCUCAGAUCAGGAGGGGGGAGACAAGCGUCCUGGGUGUGUGUGUCGGGGGGGGGGGGGUGCGCGCUCCAGCUUCCCCCUUUCCGCUUCCCUGUAGAAAUGGCGGGGUGUCUUGUCUGUCUAGGUCUGAUCUUGGAUUUUAUGGGGGAGGGGGAUAGACACUUCCGUGUCUUGAGCGUAUAUUUUUUUUGGGGGGGUGAGGUAUAAACCUAAAUACAUUUUGGAGUGGAAAUUUGGGGAAGGGUUCAAAGCAGGCGGGGUGGGGGGGGGCUUCAUCGUGUGUUGGCCUUUUCCUCUGAAGGCUGUAGGGAAGCCCCCCUCCCCAAAAUAAGGGGUCCGGGAGGUUCUGUCAGGGCUCACUGGCACCCCCAGCCAUCUCCCUUGACUUGCCUCCGGGUGGGGGAAUCCCUGUGCUUUCAUUCCGGGGGAGAAAGUAGGAUUUUUUCCCUCGCUUUGUGCUGGUCUGUGUGGAGUUGUUGCAAGUCUCCCUUCCUGGACCCCCCUCAACUGACCCCCUUCCCGGUUCUUGUUUUCCAGAUCCGCCUCCAAACCUCAAACCGGAGACACAGGUAAAAAAACAACACAAAAUACAAAAGCCUCUAUUUGAUGGUUGAUUUCCCCCUCCGCCCCCCCAAAAAAACCCCUACCUCAAACUUGGGCCCCAUUCCACUCCGUAAUUAAAAAAUCCCAUUUGUUUCCGUGGGGUGGCUCCGUUCUUCUGGGGGACCCCCUCCUCUUCCUCCCCCUGCCUUUUUAUCCCUGCUCCCUAGGAGGAGGCCAAAAGUCUUUCCGAAAGGUUGCAACAUCCUUUUUGCAUGUGCUUCCCCCCCCACUUAGCAAAAGAGAGAGAGAGAGAGAAAGCAAAGGAUAUUCUGUGGGUGACGGAAAAGGCUCUUUCCCCCCUCUCUCCCUCCCCUCCCCCCCAUAUUUAACCCUUUGCACUCUUCGCAUGUCCUGGGAGAGACCUGACUUGCAUUUCUAGCUGUGGGAGCCUGUGGUUUUUUUGCGGGGGGGGGGGGGCGGGAACAGGAUGUUACUGCUCAGUUCUCUCUAGGAAUAACUCCCCUUUUCUUAUUAUCACCCGUUGUGGGGUGGUUGUGAAAGAGCCUAGAGAUUUGUGGGUGGCUGGGGGAAGGGGGGCUACCUCUGUCUGCAUUAACACCUCCCCUCCCCACUUCCUGCUUCUCUCCCCCAGUCUCACCAGCCUCCGGAGAAGCGAAGGCGAACUAUUGAGGAUUUCAACAAGUUCUGCAGUUUUGUCCUAGCCUACGCUGGCUACAUCCCUUCCUCUAAGGAGGUUAGUUUGGGGUUUUUUCCCCCAGCGAGAAUCCUGCCCCCCAACUCCCCUUUUAUCCUACUGGCUUAUUAAGUGAACAAAUAUGUGUCCGCUCAGUUUCAAAGCAUGCAGUUUAAUAUUUUUCUGGUGUGUGUGUGUGUCGGGGUACAGGGGUUGUCCUAGCACCUUCCCAGAAGCAAGCUCUGUGAUCUGUUGUUAAAUCCAAACCCGGCUCCGUGAAGUUCUUAAAAGGUGCAUUUGGGAUUGUUCCAAACCUUCGCUCCUAAGCCCUUGGCCUCCUCCUGUCUCGGCAUUGUCUCCACGCAGUCUUGUUGCCAGAGCCCCUUGGAAGCUGCGGCAAAUGCCCGCGGGAACUACGAGGCCCAGAAUGCCCUGCGGCAUGGCCAUUUUGCUGGGAGGCCUGGGCGUGUUGCAUGCUGGGAAGUGUAGGCUGCUGUUCUGGAAGCAAGGGGGCGGACAUGUCCUGGCUUGUUAUGCGGCACGGCUCAGGAGGCUUCCCGAAGGGCAUGCUGGGAAUUGUAGUUGCUCUUUCCUGCUACAGACCUGCCCUUCCUGGGACUUAGCAUGAACCUGCUCACAAGGGCUUAGGGCUAAAGAAGGCUCCCGCCUAUCUCCGCGCACCAGGGAUUUAUUGAACUUCCAUAUCAGAUGGGCCCCCUUACCUCUUGUUUUAGGAGUUAGGCAUCGGCUUAUGGGUGUUGCUUGAAAGGCUCAGUGGUUGCAAACACGAGACAUUUGCUGCUUCAGCUGUCAGGGUACUCUGUGCUCCAUUUUUAAGAAUCCCUUUCUACCAGUUAGUCUCUCUCUAGGCAGGGUUUGUUCUAAUCAUAAUCAUAAUCAUAAUCAUAAAUUUUAUUUAUAUCCCGCCCUCCCCAGCCGAAGCCGGGCUCAGGGCGGCUAACAACAAUAAAACAGUACAAAAGUACAGCACAAACAACACUCUAAAAUCAUUCAUUAUAAAAUUAAUUAAUACUCAACGGGACACUUUUUUGCACAAGGGGAACAAAUUUUUCGAGCUGCUGGGAAUGUGGAUUCUAACCAGGAGCUCUGCUGUUGUUUAAAAGGAAGUUGAUAAAAGUACACAUAACAAAGAUGGAUAUUGUUUAUUUUCAACUUUCGCGAGCUAUUCAAGUACAGUGGUACCUCGGGUUACAUACGCUUCAGAUUACAUACGCUUCAAGUUACAGACUCCGCUAACCCAGAAAUAGUGCUUCAGGUUAAGAACUUUGCUUCAGGAUGAGAACAGAAAUCUUGCUCCGGUGGCACGGGAGCAGCAGGAGGCCCCAUUAGCUAAAGUGGUGCUUUAGGUUAAGAACAGUUUCAGGUUAAGAACGGACCUCCAGAACGAAUUAAGUACUUAACCCGAGGUACCACUGUAGCAGCUUACUAAGGCUUACUUACUUGCCCAUGUUUUUUGCAAGACACCUUUCUUUUUCUUGUUCCCUCUCUUUUGAUUUCUCUAAUUGCCACCUUCUUGUCUAUCUCUUUCUGUUGCUUUCCCUCCAUUUCUUUCAGCCAGAAAUUUUUCUAGGGCAAAGGCUCCCAAACUUUUCUUUUCCCCUCAGACCACUGAGAAACUUACUAAUUUUUCUGCCGACUGUAGCGCUCAUAAUAGAUUUUGUGUGAUUUUUCAACUGUGUUUUUAUUGCUUCUUUCUAUUUCUCACGUACUGUAUUUUAAUGUGCUCUUUAGAAUUCAAACUGCAAUAUAAAACAUGUUAUAAAUAAAAGAAGCCAUUAAGAAGGGAGUUAAAAAUCAAUAUGAGUAUUUAAAUGCGAUGGAUGUGGCACCUCCUGGCUUCAGCCCACAACUCCACAAAACACUGCGGACCGUUGCACUGGAGCGAGGGAAAGGAAACUGCCUUUAUCCCGAGUUAUAACAUUGGUCCAUCUCAGGGGCGGAUCUGCUAUAAAGCUGGUGAAGAGAGGGGCCCCAGAAGCGACUUUUGUCCACGUUGCUCAAAUGUUUCGCGUCUAGUAGACCCAGUUUGAGUCGCAUGGCUCAAAUGGAUUCAUUUUUUUGUUGCAUCUAUUUCCACGAUCCCAACGUUUGGCAGUCAGUAGCCCAGAUGCUGUGAAGGUGUGCUGAUCUGUUGUGGAACAGCCCCAUUGAAGAAGCUAACACUGGUUACCCAGACCCUGUUGCUGGUUGCAAAGGGGCCCCCAGGGCAGUUCAAUAUUCAGGGGCCCCAGAGUGUAGGUCACUGGUCAGUCCAGUUCAGUAUUGUCUACACUGACGGCCAGCCAUGGCUCUCCAGGGUUUCAGGCAUGAAGACUCCCAUAGAGAGAGAGAGAGAGACCUUCUGCACGCAGAGCAAGUGGUCUACCCUGGGCUGUGGCCCCUCCCUAGAUUUGGUGGUUUGUAUGCAGUGCUGGCUGCGGAGAUGUUUGGGAGGCGGGGAAGCUUAGAAUACCCCCUGCUUCCUAGGAAACCUGACGUUCUUUGGCUUGUGUUGUUUAAGAUGCUCCUACACAGGUUAGCACAGAAGUUCCUUUUUAUAUCGUAUGAAAAGCAUUGUUCAGAAUAAUGGCUUGCAUGACCCUCCGAGGAAGAUAAUAAUGCAAUAAAAUUCAAAACCGUAGCCACUAAUUGCACGUUCAUUCAAAAUCCAAUUAAAGCUGUUUAGUUUAAUUAAUUCUGCAAAACAGAUGAACUCGAUCCAUUGAACCAUAGAAUUGUAGAGCUGAGGGUCAUCUAGUCCAACCCACUUAAAUGCAGGAAUCUUUUGCCCAUUGCAAACCCACAGCCCUAAGUUCCUCACAGAACUCUGGCCCAAUAGUUGCCAUUAAUCUGAUUUGAAAUGAUUUUAGAAUGUUGUAUCAUUUUACUCUUGUUAGCCGCUUCCUGAGCCUGGCUUCGGCUGGGGGGGGGGCGAGAUAUAAAUUAUUAUUAUUAUUAUUAUUAUUAUUAUCCUCAUGUUGUACUGACUGAGCUAUCCACAGGGACCACAAAGGAGCUAUCGGCUGAUAUCAGCUUUUCAAAGCCUGAUAGUCAUUAUGCAUUAUCAAAGUCUUUCCUGCAUUGCAGAGGGUAGGACUAAAUGACUCUUGUGGUCUCUUCCAAUUCUGCAAUUCUGUUCACCACCUGCUACAACCCUUGCCUCUCGGGUCUCCCCCCCAGGAACUCCACUGCCCUCUUGAAUCCCACUGCUCUGGGAAGAAGGAGCAGAGGAGAGUCCUGGGCACCCGGGAAAAGUAGCCUGAGAAAUUAAUCCCUUGCCUCUGCCCUCCCCAAACCCCACAGGAAAAUGACUGGACGCCCUCCGGCUCGAACUCCCCCAUCCGCCCCGAGAGCGUGGUGGACAGCGACGGCUGGGAGUCGACGCACUCGGACCUGCACACGAUCGAGACCUUCGUCAAGAAGGCCAAGUCUUCGAAGAAGAAGGCGGCCUUCCGCCGCCUCAAGUCCGACAGCUCUCUGCUGGAGAAGAUGAAGCUCAAGGACUCCCUGUUUGACUUGGACCCCGUCGGCAAGCAGCAGCAGCCGCCGCUGGCGGGGCCAAAGGGGGCCCUGGACAAGAAGAAGGACAAGCGGAACCGGAAGUCCGCCCUGGACGCGGGCGGAGGAGCCAAGCGGAACCGGGGCGGCGGCGGAGACCCGGUGGGGGAGAAGCGCUCUCGCAUCAAAAAGAGCAAGAAGCGGAAGUUGAAAAAGGCCGAGCGCAGCGAGAAGAAGCACAAGGCUUCCCUGAGCGAGACGGACUCUGAGGAGGAAGAGGGGGCGGCAGUGGCGCCGCGGCGGCCCGGAGGGGAGGAGGGUUCGGCCACGGCAGCCACGGCGCUGGUCUCUGUGCAGGCUCCGCCGGAGCUGUUGGCCGCCAGCUUCCCCAUUAAGCUUGAGGACACGGAAGGGAAAGGGGGGAUCAGUACGGAGACCAGCCAGGAUGGGGAAGGCAGCUCCAGCGAAGGCGAGAUGAGGGUCAUGGACGAGGACAUCAUGGUGGAAUCAGGUGAGGAGCCGGAGGUGUCCCGGAAGGGGCACGGGCAACGCAACUUAAUGCACAGCGUUACAUGGGCGUAAAAGCAAUAGGCACAUUAUUAGUUGCGUUUAUAUCCCGACUUUUUCUCCCAAGUUCCUCAAGGUUCAUGGUUCGCCCCACCUCCUGUUAAUCCCCACAACCCUGUGAGGUAGGUGAAGCUGAGAUUUGAACCCUGAUCUCCCAGGUCCUUUUCCAGCACGCUAACCUCUGCACCACGUAUGUUGCCAAGUAAUGCUUCCCCCUGCGUUCUUGGAAGUUUCGUCUGGUGACACAGUCAGCUGAUUUUCACGUUUCCACCGGACUGUCCUCUGGGAUCAAUAGCCAGUGGCAGGCUUGUCCUCUGUCAUCAAACACCUCCAGCUUACAUUGUGGUUGUUGUUGUUUUUUAAUUUAAAGUAUUCGCUUUACAUAAAAAGCCCCUUAAUUUUUCAAAGGAGUGGGGUGCUUUGUUUUUGUUUAACUGUACCAUAUCAGGCUCUUUUCCCCAUCUCCAAACACAUUUCCCCCACCUGAAAAGUGGGGCCCGGAGUAUAAUAGUGCUUGUUUUAAUUUAGCAAAAGCUUUUUAAGAAGUCAAGCGAGGGUUGGGCUGGAUUGUGCUUCGCUUCUCACAUUCAUUGGAAUACCCACCACCCCAAAGAACCUUCCUGAUUCCCUGGGGUGUGUUGACCUCACACAAAGCAGUGGGAUCUCUGGAAGAUUAAGAGCGUAACAAAUGACCGACCUGUGAGAGCUGUAGUUGAACUACACCAGGGAAGACCUUGGCGGAUCAGUUCAAGGUCCACCUCUUCCAGCAUUUCUUGCCAGCAUGCUAGCAAGCAGUGACGUCGUUUUGGCUUUCUCCAGAAUCCCCAGGGAUACAACCCUGGCCUUGGUUUUCUUAAGCAUCUCUGAGGUUCCGCCUCGCUGGGAUGCUCAUUGUUUUGCGCCCCUGUCCUUUAAUCUAUUUUAAGCUGCUGCGAGGUGCCUUGGAGUCUUUCUGAGGAAGAGGUGUUCAGGAAUUUAAUGAACUACAGCUCCCGUCAGCCCAGACCAGCACAGUCUGCAGGCUGAUGAGAGCUGCAGGUCAAAACAUCUGGAGGGCACCAGCUUGGGAAGGCUGCAGUGUGCAGUUGACCAGCGAGGCAGCAGGUCUCUGUGCGUGCCCUUUCCUAACUGAGUGGACUGGUUUGGGCCAAUGGGAGCAGGGUGUUUCCCAGGCUCAGGUUCAGAUCUUGCACAUAGGUAAUAAACACGGUUGCUGACUGUCCUGAUCUGGGAUUUCCCCAUCCCUCGUAUUAUAGCAAACAUCUCUGACGCUUUCAGCUCUGUGAGGGUGGAGUGGGUACUUGCUAUGCAGCUAUCCUGACUUAGGCAGGUAAUUUGUCUUCCAUAUUUAUCUUUUUGGUCAUGGUUUUAUUCCACUUCUAGGCAGGGUGUAAAUGCCACGAAUCAGCAUUUACCACCCGUUCAGCCUUUGAUUCUCAGUUUUCAUCACGCACUGCCUGCUUAUCCUCAAGCAUAUUAUUAUUGUUGUUGUCUUAUGGACUAGAAACUUAAAAACAAAACUUGAGGUUCUCGUGGUGAUACAUUUCAGGCCAGAUAACCAAAACGUGUGCUGUGCAAUUGUGGGUUUAGCGAAACGGGCCUUCUGAAAUUUGUUCCUCUGCUCCUCCAGGGGAUGACUCUUGGGACCUCAUCACUUGUUACUGCCAGAAGCCAUUUGCGGGCCGCCCCAUGAUCGAGUGCAAUCAGUGUGGCACCUGGAUCCACCUCUCCUGCGCCAAGAUCAAGAAGACCAACGUCCCCGACAUCUUCUACUGUCAGAAGUGCAAGGAAGGUUCUCGCAAGCUGCCGCUGCUGCCGCCCCCGGCGGUUCCCAGCGCAACCGUCGCCGUUGCGUCCAGGGGAGGUGGGGAGCCCUAGCUCAGGAGGGGAGGACAGGCGGCUCUGCGCUGGGCUUCCAUCCCAGAGGGGCAGAAAAGACUGGACAGGGUCGGGAGCCUGCUCUGGACUGGUAUCCAAAAGGGGCCUCAGUUCCCUGGAGGCGGAAGACGGAGGUGCUUGGGGUAUUUGCGGUGGUGGUAGUCCCAGCACCCGGGAGGCAGAGAGGCUGCCCCUCCAGGCAGAUUCUGGCUGGCAAUUGCAGGCCUCUCGCUUCAGACCCACUCCCCCUUUGGGGGUUGAUCCUGGCCCACCUCCAUGUUCUCUGCGAAGGAGAAUGGCAUUCGGAGGCUGACACCGGUGGGCCGGAAUGACGAAACUGAAAACCAGGACGGUUCCUGUUUUCACCUGCUGGGAUGCACAUAGCGUUGGGGGAGAGGCAGAGAGAGGGCACUAGGAAGUGGGGUAGAAGCAUCUCUUCAUUUUUGUUUUAGCUCUUUCCCCCACCACCUAUCCUCCCCUGCCCCAGUAAAGUUCACCUGUAAAUAGACUGAAUGCAAAAGGGUUUUUUUUCUGGCUUUGUUUAUUUUCUCCCUCCCAUCACACCCCCAGUUGGAAGACUCUUCUUUAUUUUCCUUUUUAAAAAAAUGUUCUCUGGCAUUUGUUUUAAUGCCUCCAGAUUCAGAGUUUGAUGCCAACUGAGGGAUACAGCCCAAGAAAGGAGGCUGGAUAAAAAAAAGUACUCUUUUUUUUUUUUUUUUUUUAAAGUAAACCUUUAUGGGUUUGGUUUUUUUCUUUGGAGGGGGCCGGAGAUUUUGUCCCCAUUGAAAUUGAAUAAUAUAUAUAUAUUUUAAAUUUUGAGAGAGAGAAGGGUUUUGUUUACUCCCCCUCCCCAGUAUUAACAUCCCCCAGGGAUUGUGAGGGGGUGAGCUUUGUCAGGAAAACCCUUGCGAUUUUGCUGGCUUCAAAAUAAAAAGGGACGACUUAUUUGUGUUUUCUGAUUGCUCCCAUUGAGCAUAAGGAUGAGGCAGAGGUUCCAGAGAGCGAGACAAGAGUUUGGGUUUAAUGAAGAAUGGCAAGCCCGCUUAUUUUUUAAAAAAAAACAUCAGAAACUCCCCAUGCCAGGAUUCCCAGUUCUCUCAUAACUCCUGUUCUGCUGCAAAACCCCAUAUUUUACCUGCUCCCCAUUUCAGGUUAGCUGUUCUGAUCAGUGGGGGUUUCUGGUUGGGUUCCCCCCCUCCAGCUCCCACCCUUUUUCGUUAUAAUAUUUGAAACUGUGUACAUGGCAGAGUUUUUGAAUGUAAAUAAAAGAUGUGGACCCUUUUGCGUUUGUACAGAA